CUGGGGCUGAGGCGGAGCUGGGCGGCUGGCCAAGGUGCCUCCAGGCGGGGCCGGGCUAGCCCGCGGCGCCGUUUCCCCUGGCAAGAAGCGCUGCUUCCCGACCCGCUGCGCUUUGUGUGCGCGCAAGCGGGAGUGACUCGGUGACAAGGCGGGAGCUCAGAGCGGGCGGCAAGUGAGGGAAGGCGGCGGCGGCGGCGGCGGCGGCGGCGGGAGCAACAACACUAUGAGCGGGGUUGGGGCGGCGGCCAGCGUCGCUGCCGCUUCUAUUCCGAUCGGGAAAAGCGAGAAACUGGAUGAGGCUCAAGCUCUGGCCCGCAGUUGCGCGGGAAGACCCGACUUUCAGCCUUGCGAUGGGUUGUCGCUGUGCGCCACACACAGUCACGGCCGCUGCUUCCGUCUGCACUGGUGCUGCCAUCUGGGCUGGUGCCAUUGUAAAUAUGUUUAUCAGCCUAUGACUCCAGUAGAACAGCUUCCAAGCACUGAAAUACCUGUUCGGCCUCGAGGAACCAUAAAUACUAUUCAGAUAGCUGUCUCUCUCACAGAACACUUUUUGAAGUUUGCACCUGUCUUCCAAGCACCAUUACCACCAGACUCCCCACGGUUUUGCACAAUUUCAGACCUAUUUAUUGACAAUUACCGUGUGAAAUGCAUCAAUGGGAAGAUGUGUUAUGUGCAGAGGCAACCUCCUGCUCUUUCCUAUAAAAUGAAGCCCCAGGAGGUCCCCACACGCAACGCCUUAAUUUUGAGAGAGAAUAAUACACCAAAAAUAGAUCAUUGCUCAUCCCCUUCCAGUUCUGAGGAUUCUGGGAUCAAUGCUGUUGGGGCUCAUUACGUAGAGUCAUGUGAUGAAGACACAGAAGAAGGAGCAGAGCUAAGUUCAGAAGAGGAUUAUAGUCCAGACAGUAGCUGGGAGCCAGAUGAGUGUCCCCUUCUAUCACCCUCACAGUGUGAACUAGAAGUAAUUGAAACCAUAGAAACCACAGUGUGAAAGUCUGAGCUGGGAGCUAGCUAGGCAUAUUAAAAUAACACUGGUUUUAUAGCAUUUAUACUGGCAUUUUUGACAGGUCCUUUUUUUCAGUGUACUUGAUAUCCCUCAAGGAACACAGUGACAAUAUUUAGCCAUCUGUGAAUUAAUUCCUUGAUACUCAUUCUACCAAUGAAUUUCCAGGAGCUCUCCUGUAUAGCUGAAAAGAUACCAGAAUGUACAUCUUUAGUUACAGACUAACCCUCAUCAUGAUAAAGAUCAGCUAAAUUGCAAUGGUCAGGUUAUUGUAAGCAAGUGAUUUUCAGACUUUGGUCCCUAGUUACUUUAGCACAAAACUUGGAUCCCAAUAUGAUACAAACACAACACUUUUCCCCAAGAAGGACAUUUGUAUGUUUACCGGCAUUCUGUUAUUAUCAAUCAGUCCAAUUUUAUUAUGGUCAUAGACUGUAUAACUGUUACUAUAUUAUGUAUGGCAUUAUGUAUGGUAGUCUAGGUAUCAGUGGCUUACACCAUGUCCUACAAUCUUUUCAGGUAACCUGUGGUAUAACAUACUACUGAUUAAGAACCCUCUUUGAAAGUCAUUAUCUACUCUGAAAUAAGCAAUUGGCUGAGGAUUUCUCAUUUGGAAUAAGGAUUUAGCCUUUUGUGCAUUUGCUGAAUAUCAAUAGGAGGUUAGCCAUACCUUUGAUGAGCAGAGUUAAAUCCGUAAGCAAAUAUUCUUUAUGUGUAUUAUUUUAUGUAGGAGACAAGAAGCCAUGGCUCUCCUCACUCGCUCAGAUGUUAGGUACAUCUUUUUAAAUGACUUGCAUACACUAACCUUUUUUUGCCAGCUACAGAGUAACUCAGGAGAUUGCUAGCAUAAGCACAAUACUCAGCCAAUAUAACUGAAACUGUUUCUACAAUAAGAACAUGUCAGAGAGGCUUGAAUUAAAAUCCUUCAAGGGAUACAUUAUUACACUGCCAACUGACCAUUAUAUAUCAUUCCACUGAUAUAUAAUUUGACCCUAAAUAUUUAAAUUACUUUCUAUAUUAAAACAGAGAACAGCUGGAUUUUGUUAUAGAAACAAAGCAUAUACGAAAGAGCUACUCAUCUGAAAUAGGUAUAUUGUGACUGCAAUUUCAGUGUAUAUUCUCAUAAUGAAAGUUAGGAUUAUUUUUCAGAUCAGCCAAAAAUAUAGCCUGGCUUGGUAUUUACCCAUCAUAAAACAACAAAACGAAAUAGGAAAAGAAAAAGAAAAAAAGAUUAAGCUUUUUGCUCCCAGCAAAGGGCAAGCAUAAACUUGUGGUGUUUAGGAAAAUCAGGAAAACUAAUCAGGAUAUGUAACAGUAUCUGUUUUAAAGAGAUUAACACAGCCUUUUUUGUUAUGGAUAUAUUUAAUCAAUGCACUUCCAAACUGAAGAAUUGUAAAUGGUAUAUUAACUGAUUUAAGAAAGUAUUUCAGUAUGGAACUAGGGCAAUAGAAUUUAAUAGUUCCAUUUAUUAAUCUGUACAUUUGGUGACUCGGUAUUUACAUUUAGUACUGGGUCUAUUCUACUUAUCUAUUUAAAUUAUCCAUUUGUGCGCAGUAGGUUUGACUGUAGCUAGAUGAAAAAGGUGUCAUGAUAGUUUUAGCCUCUAACAUACAAUAUUUUGAUUUAAAGAAACAAUCUGGAAAAAAAACAGUGGAUUAUUUUCUUCUAGCUUUGCUUAAUCAUUGUUUAUGUUAUUCAAUAUAAAACAGUGAAAGUGUAUAGCGGAAAGAGAUCUUUAUGCCCCUGAUGUAUUCGUGCCUCCAUUUUAAGUUUACACAAUAUGGUUAUCCUGCCAGAAGAGGCGCCCUGCUAAUCAGUUUAAAGAUUAUGGCCCUUUGAACUGUAAAUGUGCAUUUUUUUCCUCUAUGUUUUAAAAUAAGAAUUUCAAAUACUUAAAUAGUCAUAUACCAGUGAAUGAAAAUGUUUUACCUCCUAACCUUUUUGCGUUCACCCAUAUGAUACAUAACUAGUUUUUUUCCCUGUAACAUUAGGGCAUCUGUUAAUAAAUAUAGCCCUGUUUAAUAAUGGUUCAGUUAAUUCACUUUCCAUUAAGUUUAUCUAAGAAUGGUAACAUAUAAAUAUGUACAGUUGUAGCUCUCAGUAUUAGAUUAUCUUAUGCUGUGUUGUUGAAUGCUGCUCCUUAUAUACAGUCUUGACACAUAACUAAUAACUAAUUUUUAUACAUACACUCAGACAUAGGCACUUUUAGAAAAUAUUUAGACUGCAGUGUAUUAUGAAUGACUAUAAAAUUAAUAUGUACUUUAAAAUAUAAAAUAUUACCUUAAGAAGUAAAACAAACUAUUUAUUAUGAUGAUACUAAAAUGUAUUUCUUGCCCCCACUCCCCCAAAAAGAAAGAAAAAACAGUUUUAGCUAUUAUAACAGGUAAAUCCUUUCUUAGUAGUUCUGAAAAAUUACAGAAUUCGUCUAAUUUUUAAAGAGAACACUGUUUCCUUAUAGAAGUGUUAUCUUGGGAUUCUUAAAGAUUUUCUCAGGUGAUGUUAAGAAUUCUUAUGAAUUUUAUAGAAGAAAUUGCAUAAAAUACGAUUACAUACUCAAAUUAUUUGGAACUCGAGAUUUAAAAUACAGCUUGUCUGGUUGUGUUAGUUUGUGGCUAACUGUCUAAUGUUUUUUUUUUUUUU